UCAUCCUGCUAAAUAAACGGGCAGCUUUAGCGGCACUGACGUGGCAUAUUGUAAUGUUUUGAAUCGUGUAAGUUCAAGCAUUACACAAAUUACGCUAGUCCUCGCCAACGAGCUAGCAGUGGCAGAAACUACCAACUAAAACAUACCCGAAUCUGAGGUGGUGACACGACGACGUAGCGCAGAGGCAAGGACAGAACUGAAAUCGUGGCAUUGCUGUGAAGCACCAUCAUCAUACGAAACCGGAGCAAAACGUAAACACAACCAACCUCUACAAAAUGGGUCUGACGAUCUCCAGUGUGUUGACGCGAUUGUUCGGCAAAAAACAAAUGCGCAUAUUAAUGGUUGGACUUGAUGCGGCCGGUAAGACGACAAUCCUGUACAAGCUGAAACUAGGCGAAAUCGUAACCACCAUUCCGACGAUCGGUUUCAACGUCGAGACGGUCGAGUACAAGAACAUUUGCUUCACCGUGUGGGACGUCGGUGGUCAGGACAAAAUUCGGCCGCUUUGGCGCCACUACUUCCAGAACACGCAGGGGCUCAUCUUCGUCGUCGAUUCGAACGAUCGUGAACGUAUCGUCGAAGCAGAAAAAGAGCUGCACAGUAUGCUGCAGGAGGACGAACUACGCGAUGCCGUGCUGCUUGUGUUUGCCAAUAAACAGGAUCUACCGAACGCGAUGACCGCUGCCGAACUGACAGAUAAGUUACACCUCAACCAGCUGCGAAACAGACAUUGGUAUAUUCAAGCGACAUGUGCAACGCAAGGCCAUGGAUUGUACGAGGGGCUGGAUUGGUUGUCAAAUGAGUUGGCCAAAAAGUGAUGAUAAUCUGGUUGCCUCGACCGAAUGAAGCAAGCAAGAGGUUUAUUUUUAAGACGCUGAUGUACCGCUUAUACAUUUUCAUUGUUUCGUAUGAAUAAACGAUAGGAUGGAAAUUCCAACCAUUCACAGGAGUAUAGGAGU